AUGUCCGACUGUCGUUGUGUUGUGGCCAGCCGCUCACUCUUAUGGCUUCUCCUCGUCUUUGCCGCUUUCGGUGCUUGCCUCACUGGAUUUUUAUCACCCGAAUGGCUAAAGGGCGGCAGUAGUGUGCAGUCGGGUGAUACUUCCGGCGCCCGGUCGACACCUCACGUUUCGCGGGAAAUCGGAGGCGAACAAAAGGUCGGACCGUUGAAGAAGUGCGCAGUGCGACAACUCGAUAGUGUCGUCGUGUGUCUCUUUCUGACGUGGGACGAGUUCGAGUCGGCGGCCUGGAAAGCGGCUGUUGUGCUGCAAGGUGGAGGGAUGUUUGUCGUCUUGUUGGCGCUGCUGCUCGGUGUCGCGUCGUUCUGGAAACAGAAUCUCGGACGUUUCAAUAUUGUGUCGAUUGCUGGGCUGAUGGAGGGAAUAGCAGUGCCUUUACUAGCCGCCGGUCUCGCUGUUUAUCCUCUCUCGUGGUCGUCGGACUCUGUACGGAGCGUGUGCGGCGGUUCGGCCGGAGACUAUGAUCUCGGCGAGUGUUCACUGCAGUGGGCGUUCUAUGCGAUGACUUGCGGCGCUUUGUUGACACUGUUGGGCUGCUUGCUGUCGCCACGUGCGGCGAAGGCGUGCAAUAGUCACCUCGUCGAAGAGAAGAUUCGGUUAGGAAAGUCGUGCAUAUGCGUGAUGUGAGACGCAGUUAUAUGCGAGCCGACUUGUACAUAGACAUACAUAGGUAGAUAGAUACGUAGAUAUCCCGGAUGUAAGAGAUAAAGAUGGUAGCCCUCUUGUGUUUCGCUAUUUAUACAUUUGCGGUGGCUUAUCUUAAUAACCAAAGCUCGAUAAA